AUGACUCAAUCAAUGUCCACUAGUCCGGAUCUGGUAAUAAACAUAACGGAGAUAUUUACUGCGACAAUUUCGAAAAAUUCUCAAUAUUUUUCUAUUACCUUCAACAAUUGCUUUUCCUUCAGUUUUCAAUUCCCAGAUCUAUUGAUAAUGACUGGAACUUCGUCGAUGAAGAAUUGCUUGGUUGCAAUUAAGAAUGCCAAAUUUAAAAAGGAUACUUUACUAAAAACUCCCUUCGUUUACCCUGAUCCGAUCACCGAAAUAGAAAUCUAUCCACCAUCGGUGAGAGCCAAACAGUCAACCUGGGCCGUUACCGGAAGUAGUAAAACUACAAUGUUAAAAAUCUUAGCAGGUGAAUUCAUUCUGUAUCCACCAUUAUCCAGAACAUAUCCAUUAAUCAACGAUUCGCCAACACAAUUGCAGUUUUUGAACUUUAGAGAUGCUUCAGGAUUGGAUAAAGUACAUAUGUCAGCUAGAUAUGAAACAUAUUCUUACAAAGGAAAAUUAGAAAUGCUGGAUGAUGUUAAUUCUGUGUAUAAUUAUGUCACAGGGUUGAACAACUACAACACUAAAAACAAAAACAUUAACACAGAGUUUGUUGACAGUUUGUUGAAAUAUUUCAAGUUGUCACAUUUGCAACAUAAAUGGAUCAACAGUUUGAGUAACGGACAAUUAAGAAGAGCCAGGAUUGCCAAGUCUUUGAUGACAAAACCCAAAUUAUUGCUAAUUGAUGAUCCAUUUUUAGGAUUAGAUCCAAUUAAUACCAAAAGCGUCAGUGAUGCUUUACAAACCGUAAGUCAAGAAUUGGAUAUAAGUAUGAUUCUUGGUUUAAGAGUUCAGGAUGACAUCCCAGAAUGGAUUCAGAGUUUAUGUUAUGUUGAUGAGAAUGGUGUCAGACUUGCUGGUGACAAACAAACCGUUUCUACUGAGUAUGAAAAUUUAACAACAUCAACUGAAACGUCUCACAAGGCUCAUGAGUCUCGUCAUAAUAAACAUACAAAGCUAGUUCCUAUACCUACAGAUUAUUUUCAGAAAGAGGGUUUACACAUCGAGUUUCAUAAUGCGUCAGUUGCGUAUAAGAAAUUGGUUAUAUUUGACAACUUCAAUUGGAGAAUUCCUCAAGGUAGCAAGUGGAGAAUCUUGGGUGAUAAUGGUACUGGUAAAACUACAUUAUUAUCAAUCAUCACAGCUGACCACCCACAAUCAUGGAAGUCCGUUAUAUCAGUUUAUGGUCAAUUGAGAAAAACAGGAUCUGGGGUUACUUUCUUUGACAUAAACAACAGAAUUGGGAUAUCAUCACCUGAAUUACAUGCAUUGGUUCCACAACAUACGAAAACGAUGAAGGAAAUAAUCUACAAUGGUUUAGUGAAGAAUGUCGGAAACUCCAACUUUCUUUUUAAAGGUGAUCCAAAGAAUAUUUCCGAAAUAGGUCAAAAAUAUUUGAAUUACUUUCAAGAUAGACUUGACAUGUAUGGAGAUACCGUUUUUAAUGAAUUAUCGAUGACAGAUCAGAAGCUAACACUCUUUUUAAGAGCAAUUAUCAAAGAACCAAAGCUUUUGAUUUUAGAUGAAGCGUUUUCCUGUAUGGAUGAUGAAAAUGUGAUGAUCAGAUGUCAUGAAUUGAUUGAACAUGAGUUGCAAAACACAACUGUUAUUUCCAUUGGUCAUUUAGAAUGGGAAUUGGCCAAAUACGAUUAUAUGAUAAAGUUGAUCAAUGACAAUGAUAAAAGAGAUUAUAGAACAUUCAAAGUUGAAUGA